AGCAAUUUCAACGAAACUCGACCCAAAGUAUGACGGACGCGAUGAUCAUGACCGUCCGCGGCGAAGUGCCUGCAAGUGCCAUCAAAGGAGGUGGAAUCCUUGUCCACCAGAGGGUUCUGGAGAAGGAAUCGUCCGUUGCCGAUGUGGACAUCGCGAUGGAGGAUCUCAUGUUUCUUCGCGAACAUCCCAUGGAGAAGGGCAACCUGAUGCUGUCCAGCGAAACCCGCGCGUUCCGCGAGCUCGAGCGGCUGGCCCACGUCCAGUCGAAUUGUGUCGUGGACAUUCAUGGACGAGAAACGCGGGAUGUCAAGCGUCUCAAACGCAUGUCCGAACAACUCGAUCUCCACAUCCUUGCCGCUACGUCCGUCGAUGUGAAUUCCCCCGACGCCACGAACGCAGCCGCCUUGACGCAACUGCUCGUGCUAGAUCUGCAAUACGGGAUCGACAAUUCGACCAUUCAAGCUAGUAUCAUCUAUCAGCGCAUGCCCGCCGCGUCACUUGCGAACCCCUCCAUUCUUCAAGCCAUCAGCAACGCCCAACGCGUCACAAACGCCCCCGUGUACUUUUCAUUUGAACCACACUCUCCAUCGUUAGCCGAAGUCCAAACCUUCCUCGACCAGUAUCGGUCUCAAUUCGGCGGCCACCUCCAUCGUGUGGUGCUGUGUCACUGUGACGUGUGGUGGCAAGAGCCCGCCGCCCUGCAGCGCGUCGCAGCCACAACCGGCGUGUACUUGAGCUUUGAUCUGCUGGGUCUCUCGGCCGUCAGCGAUGCCAUACCCUUCCAUUCGUGGUCGUCCGCCGCCGUGCCACGAGAUUUUGAGAUUGCCUCGUGUGUGCAAUCGUUGCUGGCCACGCAUUCGAGCCGCAUCUUGCUCAGCAGCACCAUCACCCAAACGAUUCAGUACCAUCGAUGUGGCGGCGGAGGCAUGGUGCAUGCGCUGACUAGCUUCAAAACCAAACUCUUCGGUCAAGAUUUGACGCCUGAACAACAGGAACUGUGGACAACCCUCAUUUUUCAGAACCCCCUGACAUUGCUCCAAGGGUACAUCAAGCCGCCGCCCGCUGCGCUUCCAAAGGACUACCUCACGUGCUCCAUCUGCCGGCACCAGUUCGAGCCGAUCGUUGGCGAGUACUACACCAAGUUUGAAUUCGUGUACUGCUCAACCAAGUGCCUCCGCCGCCACCGCAACGCUUCCUUCGCCCCGAUUGAAACGUAACCUGCCCACACGAGUGGUAGCGCGCUGCUUGGCUGUCCAUUCAACGUCGAACACACCAACGACCUUUGUCCCUUCAGCAGACGCAGCACCGAGGCACGCUAGGCUAGGUCCUCGCACGCCGUUCAAGCAAUGUCAGCCGCUUGUCUAGAGAGAUAUCGAUGCAUGCUGCAUGUUGGCCGUACAUCGCUCGGUUGGAUUCCGCGUUGGAACGUCUUGGAAAGGUUUUCCCAUUAUCGACUCGUUCAAAGGCGGUUCAAGCAACGUGGUCAGUCGUGCACGCCAUUUAAAUCGACCAGAGACAGGCACUGGUCAUCGCUGAGCAAGUCGAUCGUCGUCUCGAUCGCGUCCACAUUCCCCCUUCCCACUACUGGACAACGGAGCCAACAAACCGAACGCGCGGCGCAUGUUCUCUAUGCGUGGUAUAGAUCGUUUACACGAUGUUCUUCUCAAAGUAGGGCGCGUUGGCGCGGAUACGGUCAAAGCCAAAGCACGUCAAGUCCAGCGACGUGUACGCUCCGUCAACGAUCAACUCGGC